AUGAGUGACGAUCUGAGCGCUUUCUUUGCCAAAAAGAAGGACAAGAAGAAGAAGACGGCGGUGAAAAUCGAAGACGUCGGGCAGGUGCUCGAGCGAAGAGCAAAACGACAAGAGGAAUACGAGCAGGAGCACGAGGAGGCGCCCGAAAAGCGAAUUGAGGAGGAGAGGCCGACGAAUACGGCCGAAGACAGCGAAUGGAUCGAGUACGGCGACAGUAAUCAAGGAAGGUGAGGCGGAAAUUGAAUAAAAAUACGAAAAAAUCGAUAAUCGUUCUCACUCAGUAAAUCAGAGUUUCCUCAAACUUGACAAAGGCGUUCAUUAGUCUUAUUAAAUAAGUUUCUGAGAGUUCUAGCCUGCACUUUUUUGAUUUCUACAUUUUUUAUAUGAUAAUUGUUCACAGAUUGGAAGGCCUCAAGAUCAAGGACAUGGGCCUCGAGAACGAAGACGAUCAGGUGAACAACGACGAGCCGGAGGAUCGUGAAGUACACGAGGCGAAGACAUGGGGCCAGGUGAACAGCGAGAAGAAGGCGGCGGGCGAGGAGUCCGAUCAGGCGGUCACCAUCAGUGACAAGGCGAUGGCGGCGGCGUACAAACCGCCGGCCAUGAGAAAGUAUCAACCGCCGUCUGCGGGCGGUGGCGGCUACAGAUCGCGCGCCGCGCCGGCCAACUUCGAUAUGAGCAACGACGCGGCGUUCCCGUCGUUGGCGGACGCGAGCAAGAUCGAGAAGGUUAAAAAGGAGGAGAGCAAGGCGCCGGGCGGAUGGGUCAAGGCCGGCGGAAAUUUCGCUUCGUCAUCCUCCAGCGGAGGGCCGAGGUACCCGACGUCUUCCGGAAGCGGACGUGAAGCCGCUCUCGCUGCGGUCAAGGUGAGAUUUGGCGAGCGGAGAGUUCUUCUGCAACCUGGUUACGUUCAGAACAUGGCCAGCGCUGCGUCGACUCCAGCUCCGGCUCGUUCGGAAGCCACUCCGUCGCCGACUCCAGCUGCUCCGGCCGCUCCGAAGGCCGGAUCCUACGUGCCGCCACAUUUGAGGAAGCAGCAGCAGACUUCAGCCUAA